CAUCCCCGGAGCUGCCGGCUCUGCCGCGCUGCCUCGGGGCCCCGAGUACAGCUGCACCCGGUGGGUGGCCAGGUGAGGUGCCCAUCUCCUGCGCGCAGGGCUGGCGCUGGCGUCCCAGCCCGCCUCCUCACCCGGGAGGGAAACAAAGGCGGCAGGAGCGGCGGGGAGAGUUGCUGCAAGUUUAGCUCCUCUCGGUCGUGACUCGCAGAGAUAAAUGGCAGUUCAGAGGUGCGCGCGGUUAAUCAACGCUACGGCUGUCUUACAGAGUGUGCAACCCGCAGAUCAUUAGGUUAAAUGGAGGACAUUCGUGUCCUUCCAGAAUCAAUGCAAUUAUUGUUGGCAACAAGGACAACUAUCGGCGUGGCAGCACUAAUUUUACUAACCUGUUAUUAAUUACGGUGUCCCCCACGCCCCAGACGCCGUUUAUAACCCGCGGAAGCAAGCGAGUGCUGGCUGCUUCUGGUUUAAAACGGGAAAAGUUGGAAGCGGAGUGCCUGGCCGCCUUGGAAAGUGUUAACCGGUGGGGCAGCGUGCGGCCGGCGGAGCUGCUCGCACGCACGUCACUCUGGUGCAGCGCGGGGGUAGCGAGGCGGCGGUGCCGAGGGACCGGCUGCUCCGCGCCGCUCCGCACCGGUGCCGCGCACCCGGACAUGCCCACCGCGGCCCCCCGGAUUCCCCGCCACGGCAGCCGGCGCGGGCGGGAGGAGAGGAGCUCUGCCAUGGCACCGCCAGCGCGACGAGGCUUUAGCUGGAGCCUGGCGUGAUCGCAGCAUCUAGGGACCUGUGGUUACCAAUCAAUUGGUACAACAGAGCAGAGCCAGGCUGCAAUAGCGUGCAGAUCAGACGUCUCGCCUUGUUUCUAGAUAACCGGGAGCCUCUGUACCAUGUCAUAUCCUCAGUUUGGCUAUCCUUACUCCUCUGCACCCCAGUUCCUGAUGAGCACCAACUCCUUGACGACGUGCUGCGAGUCCAGCGGCCGGACGCUGGCCGAAAGCGGGGCGGCGGCGCCCGCCCAGGCGCCGGUGUACUGUCCGGUUUACGAGAGCCGCCUGCUCGCCACCGCCCGGCACGAACUCAGCUCCGCCGCCGCCUUGGGGGUCUACGGCGGCCCCUACGCCGGGCCCCAGGGAUAUGGAAACUACGUGACCUACGGCACCGAGGCUCCCGCCUUCUACUCCUUGAACAGUUUGGAGACGAAGGACGGGAGCGGGUCUGCGCAUGCGGGCAUCACCCCGGCGGCUGCCUACUACCCCUACGAUCACACCCUCAGCCAGUACCAGUACGACAGGUACGGCACGAUGGACGGCGGGACGCGGCGGAAGAACGCCACCCGGGAGACAACCAGCACGCUGAAGGCCUGGCUGCAGGAGCACCGCAAGAACCCCUACCCCACCAAGGGGGAGAAGAUCAUGCUGGCCAUCAUCACGAAGAUGACCCUCACCCAGGUCUCCACCUGGUUCGCCAAUGCCCGCCGGCGGCUCAAGAAAGAGAACAAGAUGACUUGGCCCCCGCGGAACAAGUGUUCCGACGAGAAGCGGCCCUACGAGGAAGAGGAGGAGGAGGAGGAAGAGGGCUCUCAGGAAGAGGCGAUGAAGAGCGGGAAAGCCGAGGAGCCCACGGGCAAGGAGGAGAAGGAGCUGGAGCUCAGCGACCUGGAGGACCUGGACGCCGCCGAGUCGGAGAGCUCUGAGUGCGAGCUGAGGCGGCCCUUUCCGCUCCCGCACCCGCUCCCUGGCGGCAGCCACCCGCCGCGGGCCGCGGAGCCCCCAGCCAAGAUGCCGCAGCCGCCGGCCGCCGCCGGGGAGGAAGAGGAGGAAGAAGAGGCGGCAGCGGGGCGGGCGCGGAGCUGCCUGAAGCCGGCGGCGGAAGAGUGCGGCCCCGACCCACUCGGAGCUAGGCAGCGCGGCUGCGAGUCCAAAAUGUGCUUCCAGCAGGGGCAGCAGCUGCUGGAGGCGAAGCCCAGGAUUUGGUCCCUGGCGCACACCGCCACCUCCCUCAACCAGGCCGAGUACCCCUCCUGCAUGCUGAAGCGGCCCGGGGGCUCGGGCACCGCCGCCGCCGUCUCCGCCCCGGUCAGUGUCAUUGACAGGCACCAGGAUUCGCCGGUCACCAACCUCAGGAACUGGGUGGACGGGGUGUUUCACGACCCUCUGUUCAGGCACAGUACUUUGAACCAAGCCCUGAGCAGCACGACAGUAUCCUGGGCCACCACCAAAGGAGCCAUCCUGGAAACAGGCGCCUUGGGACGCGCGGUGGGGAACGGCGCCAAUGUGCUCAAGGGACAGCUCUCAAACCUGGCCCACCAUGACUCAAACAAAGAGUUUCUGGCCUUUCCCAAAUCAGGAAGCAAAAUGUUUUGUUCCUAACAAGCCCGCCGAGGGCUGGAGGACUUUGGAGCGCUUGAAGAGUCAGCUACACUGAAAUGAGACUUGCAAGAGUUUAAAUUUAAAUAUAAAACUUGUUUUCUUCUUUAUUUUUUUUUUUUAACCGAGGAUUUAAAGUUCAGUUUGCUCAGUUCAACGGACAGACUUUGGUCAUUGCUGUUCUGAAGAAUUUCUCCUGGCUGCGACUUUAAGGGAUCAAUGUCGUGAAAGUAAUUUAAUUCCAUGUCCAAAAAGCACGUGCUAUAGCGUAGACCUACUUUUAAAAGUUUACAUCCGAAAGUUUACAAACGGGAAAUUUUAAUUCAGAUUUAAUUUAAGGCAUGCCAACAUUAGUUAUAAAGACUUUCUGAGAGUUUUUCCUCCUGAUUUCCUUGUUAGCAUAUAAUUCACAAACAGCACUUCUACUAAGUUUACACCUGCUGCACAAAUUUAUCUUGAGAAAAGAAAAAAAAUAUGUUAAAAGGUAUGUUCACUCCAAUAAAUUGUCUGUUUCAGAGGUAACACAAGUGGUG